CAUUGAUUCAGUCGUUUGCCAAAAAGCAGUUUGUUUUUGCUCUCUUUGAAAAAAGCCCACUUCUUGAUUCUGCAGGUGGGACUCUCUCAGAAACCAUGGGGCUCAAGGAUCUCCAUCUCAAGCUCAAGGCACUCAGGCUAAGGCGAUUGCUCAUAGGCCACAGGAAGAAGAGAAGGGGAAUUGGAUCUGGAAAGAAGCCUUCAUGGAUGAGACCAAUCUCCCAUGGCUACCAUGUUGUUGAAGACCAGUCUUUCAGAAUUGGUAGAGAAGCAGCAACAGCAGCACCAUGUGAUUCUGUUGUUGUACAGAGAGAGCAGGUUGAGGAGAUUGACUUGUGGUUUUUUGGAGUGUUUGAUUCUCAAACUGGAGAUAGAAUCACAAAGCACUUGCAAUCCCAUCUCUUUGAUAAGCUGACCAAAGAGUCUCAGGUGAGGAGAAGGAGUAGAGAGGCAAUCAGAAAAGCAUAUCUUAGUGCAAGAGCCAAGAUAAGAGAGGGAUUGAAGCCGGACGAGAUUCUGAGAAUUGGGUCGGCGUCAGCAAUGGUGAUCAAUGCAGAAAAGCUUCUAGUUGCCAGCAUGGGUGACUACAGAGCUGUGGUUUGCAGAGAUGGCGUGGCUCAUGACUCUGGCGAUAAGCACAGCUCGUCAAGAAGGCACUGGACUCGCCGACUUUUCUCAGGAUGGAACAGUGGAUCUGAACAUAAGAAGGUGAAGGGUUCUUCAGAACUCGGUAUCCGGGUUCAGAAGAUUGACUCGGAUACCGAGUUUGUAAUCAUAGGAAGCAAUGGCAUAUGGGAGGUGAUGAAGAAACAAGAAGCUGUGAGUCUGAUUCGGCAUAUGGAGAACCCACAAGAAGCUGCUGAAUGUUUGACAAUGGAGGCUUUAACUAGGAUGAGCAAAAGCUGCAUUUCUUGCCUGGUUAUUCGCUUCGACUAGUGCCAAUGCCUGCUUAUAUCGCAUAACAGCAGCUUGCAAAGUUUUAGCAGCACCAAGAUUAUUUUCUAAUCAGUAGUAGUUCAUCCUAGAAAUGGUGAGAUGCCUGAUGUUUUUUCCCCUUUUCUAUAAUGUUUGGAGGCUGAUUCUAGUUUCAGAGGUUGAUUGGAAUCUCCGUAAAACGAGGGAAUAUUUAGCUGAAUGCAGCUAAAAGGCU